UUCCCAGAUAGUAGCCUGACGAGCCGAGAAUCACUCGCUAAGCUAAAAUGCCGUUACGUUGGGGAAUCGUGACAGCGGCGAAGAUCUGCAACGACUUCGUGAACGCAUUCAACUCGUACCCUCAGACCGGAGAUCAGGUGAUCGCCGCCAUAGCAGCCCGCGAUCAGACCAGGGCCUCAGACUUCGCCAAGCUCCACGGCAUCCCUAAAGUCUUCCCUUCAUACCAAGCUCUGGCCGAGAGCAAGGAUGUUGAUGUGGUGUACAUCGGGGCAUUAAACCCGGACCACUAUCCUUUGGCAAAGCUUUUCCUGGAGAAUGGUAAGCACGUAUUAUGCGAGAAGCCUCUAUGCCUGAACUAUAAACAGACGAAGAGCCUCAUCUCCUUGGCGAAGAAGAACAAACUCUUCCUCAUGGAGGCAGUAUGGUCGCGGUUCUCUCCCGCUUAUAUCGCUUUGGAGCAACAGAUCAGCUCGGGGAAACUUGGAGAGGUGCAGCAUGUAGAGGUUAACUUUGGAGUGCCCAUCGAAGGCGUCGAAAGGCUAUGGAAGAAAGAGAUGGGUGGCAGCGCCAUUAUGGACCUCGGCGUGUACCUGCUGCAGUUCGCGCAGUUCAUCUUGAAGGAGGAACCUGUGAAGGUCACGGCAGUAGGCGAGCUUAACCAGGAUGGCGUGGAUCUGGUAGACACGGUGGUUCUGGAAUAUUCUGGCGGCAGGAGGGCGGUACUUAACGCUCAUGCCAGGGUCCAGCUGUGGAAUAAGGCUACUGUCUACGGAACUAAGGGACGCCUUACGUUGGAAGAACCAUUCCACUUCCCCACCCAGUUGAUCAACGUGGAUGGUUCGACUCAGGAGUUCCCGCUGCAUGACUCAAAGCUGCCUUACAACUUUGACAACAGCGCCGGUCUCGUCUUCGAGGCGAUCGAAGUCGCCAGGUGCAUCAAAGAAGGACUAUUGGAGUCGCCGCGCAUGUCACACCAGGACAGUCUGAUCAUAUCCAAGCUUCAAGACACGAUCCGGAAGCAAGUCGGCGUCCACUACGACGUUGAUGACAAGGAAUACCCAUAAACUCUCUCAUAAAUCUUUACGCUUGAAGCACACGGUAUCUUAGUUACAGGCGAGAAGUUUUAGAAUAGAAUAGAAAGAAUAUAGAUAGUUUAGUAUACGAAGCCACACCCAAAAACAAGACAAUAACAUCAUUUAAAAUUUUCACAAAACAAUUACAAAAAAAGCAAAACGAAUGUUCGUCGAAAUGAUCAUAAGGUGGUGGUGGACCUGAGAUAAAAGGGCCUCACUCAGCACAAGUCGCGGCGUGAACCAUGACGCUGGUAUUAUGUGGACCCUGUUGGGUGAGGCAAGAACAUUGUGUUCCAUAAAUAUGCGUUGAUAGUGUAUAUAGAUUAUAUAAUACCAAAUUAAUUGUGAACAUAAACAUAUAUUACUAAAUAUUUAUGAUGAUGAUGAUGUACUAAAUAUUAUGUUUUCAUGAAAUAGCGCUGCGACGCGCUGUAUUUCUGUGUGUACAGGUGUCAUAUUAACUUAAAUAUUGCGAAAAUUCUGUUCGUACUGCCUCUGUGUGCUUGAAGCUUUUAUUUAAUAAUCUAAUAUCGAAAAUAUACCUAUUUGUUAAAUAAGAA